CUUGACAUUCACAUCUCGCUCAAGGUCAUGCAGUAGUUCAUCGCGCUACAAUCCCCUUCAGCCUCUCCACGCCACCUGUCGACCUCCUUGUCAGCUCUUCGGUCCCGUCCAGGAUCUCGUGUCUUGCAUGCAACCAAGCUUCGCGUCCAGAAAUACGUCCUACGUCCUACAGGGUCUGAGCUCCCCUCCAUAUACCCGUCCAUCUCCCCCAUCCCUUUUCUUUGCUGCAUCCACCUCGAAAUUCCUCAACGAUCUUUUUUCUCUUCCAUUGACCUCGUCUUUCUCACCUACAGACCAGGUCUGAUAUCGACAAGAGACCAUUUGUAGAAGAAGGAAGUUCAACCAUUAAAUCAACACCUGGGAAUACCUUGGUUACUACACCUACCCUUGGCACAAACAGAAUGGCGACUCUAGCUCCCAUCGCCACACCGGCCCGUCAACCUUUUGGUAUCUUGAGUGACUCCAAAGUCCGAAGCCUACAGAAUCUCAAGAACAGACAAAAUGCAAUCACACCCAGUUCCGCGCCGUCUCUCAAACGUCGAGCUGCGUCCCCCGAAAUGGGAUCAGACAGCGAAAACAUCGACCCCAAUAUUCUCGAUUCAUUGAACAAACGCAAGCGGUCAGCCUUUGAUGACGACGUGUCCGCGUCCAAAGCCAACCGGUACUCGUUGACCGUGACCCCGACGGUGACCUCGACCUCGACCAAACGACGUCUCGAAACCCGCACUCCACGACUUGACACGACAUAUAUCAGCAAAUCAUCUAGCACUACUCCUUCAUCUGCCCCUGCCACGGCCGCGGGACGAUCACCGACACGCCAUCGCUCGAGCCUCUUGAAACCCAACGGUAGACGUCUGAACCUACCUUCCUUCCCUCGCGGCGGGAGCACACCAUCCCCUGCCCUCAGCCUGUCCGCGGCAUUGAACGGUACUAAGAAAUCAUCGUCAUCCUCCCGCACCACCACCAACAACAAUCACCACCUCUUGCACUCUCGAAGAUCAUCAAGGAGCGGCCAAACUCGGACUUCGCUUCGAUCAAGCAAGCCGCAGUCAUGGUUCUUCGACAUCUACGAAGAGACCGAAGAGACACAAGACUACCGCAUGAACGAGUGGACCAUGACGCAGAGUGCGACCGGUCUCGACAUCAGCGACGACGAGAGUAGGGCAUCUUCCAAAAAGUCCGAGAAACUCGACAAGGGUAAAGAGAAUGUCGAUCCAAACCAAGUCAUGUCUUCUUCUGCACCUGUCACUCGAUCCAUGGCUGCGGCGGAGGCGGUGGCGGCAGCAGCAGCUGAGGAAAAGGAUCUCAUGACGACCGAUGUUGACGAAGAAGCACGCACUCCCCUAGCUGAUCUUAACCCGGCCAAGUUUUACGGCGAUGGUCUAGACGCAACGAGUGUGGUGCUUGUUCAAGACGACGACGAAGCAGAGGCCGAGACAGAUAUCGAAGAAGACGACCACGAGGAGUAUGUCAAGCCUCCUGUCGGAGGGUCUGGUGACUUUACCUUCCAAAAUUCAACAACCAUGACCGCCGAGGUCCUCGAAGAGCUGGUCGGCACACCAUCCCUCAACGGAAUCUUGAGCGCCGCCUCACCAUCUUAUGGUGUUGGCAUCAUCGGCGCUACUGCUGCUGCUGCCAAAGCGUCCCGCGGGGUCGGCGAAGCUGGUCUCGUCGAUCUUGAGAUCGAGAAUGGUCACGACUCAAUUGAGAUCUGGGAGAGUGAGAGCGCCAAGGACGAGAAUGAAAAGGUUGACGUUGACGUUGACGUCGACCAUAACGUCAACUGUCCAGGUACUCCUGGUUCUAUCGGUGUCGGUGAUGAGAAUGUCUUUGCUCUGCAAGAGUUAUAGAGGGAAAAAAGCCAUGCGGGGUUUGAUGACCUAUCAAUGCGAUUCACUCUCUCCCUCCAAUCACCGUCGGUCGGCAUUAGCCUAGUUACUCUAUCACUGGGUAUCAUGUCCGUCGACAACUCUCUAACACCUCACUCUCUCGACAUUGAUUCUCACUCUGUUACCUCACCUUUUCGGGAUCUUUGGUGACAUGUAUGACGGCCUUUUUUUCAGCUUUGUGUUCUCUGUUGGUGUUCCUGGACCGUGACUGUUUUCCAAUCUCAAAGGUGCGAGGAGUUGAUAAUUAGAGUCCUAUCUGCGCGUGUUACCAGUAUCGGGAUCCAUCUAGGGCUUUCAAAGGGUUUUUUUUUCUCUUCUAGUCAUUCUUGCAAGUUUGAUUAUGUGCUGGUAUGUGGGAUGGUAUUGGGUGCUGCUUUUCGCAAAGGAAAUCUGAAUGAAGUUUUUCUGUGUUUUUGUGCUUCCUUGAUAGCUCCCAAAAUUGCAAUUGCUUUCUUCCGAUUAAA